CGAAAUCUUAAUUGUGGAUGUCAAGCCCGAGACAAAAAAGUGGACAUGUCGUUUGACUGUGGUAGAGAAACAAAACAUACGGACAGCAAGAACAUCUCCCAUCAAGUUUAUGUCAAUGGGGAAUAAGGUGCAGGCAACUGCUUUUGCAGGGGACAUUGCUGGGCUUGACGCACGUUUGCAGUUGUACUCAACCUAUCUGAUUUCCAAUGUUUAUGUGAAGCCAUUGAAUGAUCUGCGCUUCUGUGUUGACCACAACUACCAGUAUGUGUGGUCAUUCACUAGGCGCACAUUCAUCCAAGAUACUGACCCUGAAACUGGAGUUGACUUCCGCCAGGAUGCUGAAAAUUCUGCCAAACCUUUUAGUGAAUUAUUUGCGUGCCACUUAACUGAUCAGAAAUUCAAUACGCUUUUUCCACAUAUUUCAUUCACUAAUCUUUCUCAUCACCCCUGGUGUUCCCUGACUGUGGUAUAUGCUUGGCAGGUCUGUUGGCCGUGAUAGUCGCCAGAUUACCCCGAAACUUCGUGGUGAUGGGAGAGGAACAAAAGCUUGUGCGGGAUGUAGUUGUUGUUAACGAAGAUCUUACCCUUGUGCCGCUGACGAUGUGGGAAGAAUUUGUGACCCGUCACGGUGCAGACAUUGAGAAGUUCUUGCAGGCAGGAGAGUGGCCAGUUAUGUUCCUUAGCAAGGUUGGUACAAACAUUUAUCAAGGCUUGUCACUGGCGACUCGUUAUGAUUCCCACAUGGAACUCAACCCUGUUGGUGAGCGUGCACAAGUGCUGAAAAAAUGAGGCAAGAUAACGGAGUUAUUGGGAGAGAAACAAUAUAACAAUGCCCUUGCCAAUAUUGCUGCUCCACUUGCGCAACCCCGCAUAACUCUUUCAUCACUGGAGACUGCUCUUGAUAAGGUCUGUCAGGAAAUAGAAUUGAUGAAAUACAUACCCGUUAUAAUAUACUGACG